AUGGAGCCAUGCACUGAGGCCGAGGUUAAAAUGCUGGCUCACGACUGGGUGGGCUACUUCAAGGACCACUAUAAAGGUGAUAGCGGUGUCAUACUGCUGCGAAACAUGAGAGUUAUGGAGGACUCUGGGUCUAUUUAUACAGAUUUUGGGGUUGCAAGUGAAUCAGCAUGCACAAAUGAGUCAGAGUACAAGGGCAUUUUUUGCCGAGGCCUGCAACCGAACUGUGAUGAAGCUGUGUCUCUCAACAAGCAAGAUGUAUCCGACUACCAGUGUGCACACUGGUGUCACGACGCCCACAGCAAUUGCAAGGAGACUCAGCCUUCGAACUCUUCACCAUGUUUUUAUGAGGUGCAGAAGACCCAUCCUAUCCUGCAGCAGUGCACUGUUCCAUUAGAACUAGAAGACAAAGAACAACGGGACUCAAAUAUGGUGGCCGGUACCGUGGUGAUAACCACCGAGUGGAAGCUAGUGAAAUUUGAAACUGCUGUUUCCCCAAAUCCAGUAGUUUUUACCGGUAUUCUGAACCCACUUGGUACAUUUGCUCAGGUACAAGUAACAGGAGUUUCGGAAACUGGGUUCCACAUCCGCUUAGCACUGGAUCAUUGCAGAAUAGGUUAUGCUCCAGCUUACGCUCAAGUGAGUUGGAUAGCCAUUUCCGAGGACAGCUUCUCCAUCCCAGGUUCGAGCAUAUCGAUUCGCGUUGCUACGGUUGAAGCCACUGUUGGGGAAAGUAUAGAUGUACUUCCUGGAUUUAAGUUGCAUAGUUCUUCGCCAGUUGUAUUGACACAAAUCCAAGAUAUACCAGUGAACCUCCCAAUGACGGACAUCCCUUACAUUAGGACCAUAAAGGUCGCCGCCUCGUCAACCACCAUCAUUGUCGAAAAUACAACUGCACUGACAAAACUAGCGAAAAUAAAAGGCGGGUGGUAUAACACUGUACAUUACUCGGAGGAUCACUUCGGCAGUCGACCCCCGUUGAUCUUUGGCUCCGUUGUGGUGAAGGAUGGCGAUAAAACAACUUUGCUUGUACAACGCCCAAUUCAGUCCACAUCGGCGAAGGCCAUAUGGAAUCCCCGUCUUUACGUGAUUUCUCGAGAUUCCUGCAGGGACUUCGUUUUUGAAGAAGUCUCCGUUUUUUUCGGAACAACUUUGCUCAUGGUUCUCCACGUCAAAGACCAUUUCAUACCCAACUGCGCCGGAGCCAAGUCUAAAGUUGGGUCGGCUACUGAUGCAGACUGUGUUGCAGAAUGCACCGCAUUAUCUGACAAAUGCACACCGCCACUGACGUGGGAUUGCUUCGUAGCCAGCGCCUCCGAAGAACUGAAAGCGAAGUGUUAUGUCGAACCCUCGGUUGAUACGGCACAGACGACGACAACCACGACUCCCCCUCCAAUUGGCGCCAGCGUCCACUGCAGAAUAGUCGACAUGUCCUCAUACCUAGAUAUAGGAUGGGACGUUGAGGCCAUGAGCUGUUCAUGCCCCCAGGGAUUCAGCCCGUGUACGCAACAUCAAGUUGAACAAGAUCGGGCCCACUGGAUUCAAGAUAUUUCCCCAUGGGGUAUGCUAUGCCGGACGUGGGAUGCCGUACAACCCGUUGCUCGGGGAUUUAUGCAAGUGGCUAGCGAUUUGUGCACUGCAUCUUCGAGUAUUCGGUGGCAGCAAAGAGAACUGCCACUGUAUUCCCUCGACGACGUCUUCCUCAACGGGCGGAUCAACACGAGUGGUUACAACCAAUGCGUAGUGGACACUCCCUUGGUGUUUUGCCCAUCCGCUUCACUAACGACGACUACGAGCACUACUGCACCGACUUGGGACUGGCCUGAAAAUGCAGACUGUUUGCCGGGAGACUGGUCUGAAUGUUCAUUGUGUCGCCACUCCGACUGGACUGAGUGGUCUAGCUGCUCUGAAAAGCUUCUCGAUUUCGGCUUCUCACCAGUUACAACUUCAUACAGGGAAAAGCUAGUAUUUGCAGAAGCAGGAGGGGCAUGCUCCGAGCUCAACUUGAGGGAAUAUGAUGAUUCGCGGUGCACUGGGGAAGGAGACAAUAACGCCAAAACAUCAAUACCCGCAAGCGCGUUACAGAUAAGCAGCGACAUCGAUGCUGUAGCUGACAGUGAAAAGUGGUCAGAAUGGUCAUCUUGUGACGCACCGUGCCUUCUAAAUGGUCAAAAGGCCAGACGAUACAAACUAAGCAUCAAGCAGGACUCUACCGUAGAAGAUGUGCCCCUGUACCAUAGUUGCGACGACAUCUUACCUGUACAUGAUAUAGAAGAAGAUAGGGAAUUUUGCAAAGAGCAAUGCAAGAGGAUUAUUGAUUCAUGCUUAAAAGAAUCAAAGCUCGAAGGAAAAACGCCUCUUCAGUGUUUUGCUGAAUACGUUACUGAAAAUCAGCCAGUUGGUGGCAAGUGCAUAUAUACCCAAAAACUUGUCAAAGAAACAACGACACCAACGUGCUUCCCAAGUUUUUCUCGGAUGAACGACGAUGAGUCUUCAGAGUUUCGGUUUCUCGAUCCUAAAAGUCCUUCCAUGCAGUGCUUGUGCCUCACCCCAGAUUCCAUCCCAUGCACUGCGACAGAGGUAUUUGAGUCGCGUCAGACUACUUUUGCCAUGACAUCGUCUUGUCCUCGCCAAGACGCCGAUGGAGCAACGUUUGACGAAGGAACUCCUGGGACAGCUGAUUCGAAGCUGUUCUUCGCUGCAGCAGACUCCGCCAAGAUAUUCUGCCCCCUCAGCGAUAGCAAGAACCUUAAGCAGCAAGAAUAUGCUGCCACAUAUUCCAUUUUCAAAAGCGCUGACGAGAUGAAUGAGUACUGCGCAAAUGGACUGGAGGCUCAACAUGAGCUAUCUGCAAGCACACCGUACGAUAUCACCCUCGACUGCACAAAACUAGUGCCCAGAACGGACAGUGUAAGCGCUGACGAGUGCAAGGAAAAGUGCGUCAAGGUUAAGGAAGCCUGCGCCGACAGUACGGUUGACUACUUGUCAUGCAUUGCUACAAAACGUGAGGUCACGGGAUUCAAUGCAGAGUGCGCAACCAAGGGCACAGUCUUCGCUGGAAGAGGAAUCGUUUUCUGCAAGCUAGUGCCGAAGGAUUGCGCAUACUCGGAGUGGGGAGAGUGGUCAGCCUGCAGCGCCAGCUGCCGCAGUGGGGUGGGAGGAGUGGAGGCAAGCUAUAAGACCUGCAGAUGCCCUUCAUAUACCAGACCUUGCACACUUGCGGAGGCAGAAGCAUCACGCUCGUUAUGGAACCAGAAUAUGAUGGCUCUGUGCCAGGAAGACAGCGUCGCUGUAAUUCCGUUGAUCGACUUCGGGCUCUUCGACUGCGAGACGCGUACAUUUAAGGAGAGCGUCGUGGACUUUAACGAUCUCACUGCGGAGGACCAGUGUUCGACAGAUCAGUUUUCCUCUGUAUUUUGCGUGGUGGCAGAAGACAUUGAAACGGAACGCCGCCAUAUGCUAAUUACGAUGCUAAUUAUGCUGUUUGGUGGGACAAUUGUUGGCAUUGCAUUCGUGCUUUGGUUCAUCCAGCAUAGCGUUGACGUGCAGAAGGUACUAGGUCUGCGAGGCCGAUACGUCGAGCUGGUGAACAUGGUCAAGGAGUAG